GCCGCUCCCUCAGUGGUCGGUACAUCCUGCGAAGGCAAUACGUCACGCAGCUGAUGACCAAGAUCCUCGCCGCCAUGACCGAACUCCAAGGCAAAACGGAGAAGCAGAGGAAAUGCGCGGACUACGUCUUGGAGUGCUGCGCGAGGGCCAACAUGAUCAUCACCUUCGACAUCGACUGCGGAGAGGGGCUCGACCACUGUAUCCUCUAUGCGUUACUAUCAGGAGGAGCUCAGUCCUCGCGCCUGGAGCAGCUGAGCCUCGCCCUCCUGUGGGACCGGCCGGACAUCGCCGAGAACCACAUCUUCCCGGCCGAGUCGAACUGGGCGUCGUGGGACCUGAAGGACCUCAUGACGACGGCGCUGCUGGAGGAGAAGGUGGAGUUCGUCAAGCUGUUCAUCAUGAACGGACUGGUCAUGAGGGACUACCUGAACGUGACGACGCUGCGGUACCUGUACAACGAGGCGUGCAAAUCGGAGUCCCACACGCACCUGCGACGGCUCCUCCAGAGGUCCUCCCGGAGCAACUACCACUACCUCGUCCACGUCCACAACAUCCUCCAGGCGAUGCUCAGGAAACACCACGACCCCGUGUACCUCGCCGACACUCCGCAGGCGGUCAUGGUGGAUUCGAGCAUCAACUACCUCACUUUCGAGGAUCCUUACCAGGAGCUACUUCUGUGGGCGAUCUUCAGCCGGAGAGGACGACUCGCCCGCUUUCUGUGGGAGCGCUGCGAGACCCCGCUGUGUGCUGCCGUGGUGGCCUCCUGCGUGUAUCAGAGUCUCUGGAAGUCCUUAGGCGCCAAGAACACCGUCAUCCUCAAUGAGUACCUGAAGCAGAAGACCAUGUUUGAGACUCUGGCAGUGGAGCUCCAGGACGUGUGCUACCAGGAGGACCCGCCGAACGCCAUGGGGCUGGUGGAGCGCAGGAACCCCAAGUGGGGCCAGAUGGACUGCCUCGAACUCGCGCACCUCGCCAACGACCUCAUGUUCAUCGCGACCCCGUGCUCCCAGGCCUCCGUCGAGCUCAACUGGCGGAGGGGCAUGACCAGGGCGCCGCCCCUCGCCGUCACCAUCUGCAAUUUCCUCCCGUUUCUCGUCUGGACCAAGUUGUUUGGCUUCCAAAAGCUCGGCGACAACGGGGGAGACCUCACAGCGUGGCAGAAACUCGUCGUGUUCUACAAGUCCCCGAUCUCCAAGUUCUUCGCCCACUCCACCUCCUUCGUCGUGUUCCUCCUCCUGUAUGCGUACGUGAUCCUGUUCGACUUCAAGUACGAGAUGUCCGUGACUGAGACGCUGGUCAUCUGCUGGAUUUUCACGUUCAUCGUCGGAGAGCUGUCUGAGAUAACGUCAGAGCAGUCCACGUCAGUCCGGGGUAAGGUCAGCGACUGGCUAAACAGCGUAUGGAACCGAUUUGACCUGAUGGCUAUUACCCUGGCACUCCUGGCACUGGCACUCAGACUCUACCGGGAAACCUUCAAGUGGGGUCGGAUCGCCUACUCCCUCAACACCACCCUCUUCUACUGUCGCCUCUUCAGGAUUUAUCACGUCAACUACCACCUGGGACCCAAGCUCGUUAUCUUCUACAGAAUGAUCUCCGAGGUGUUGGUGUUCAUGGCGCUGCUGGUGAUCUUCAUCCUGGGCUACGGCCUCGCGUCCCAGGGCCUCCUGUACCCCGGCCGGGACGUCUCCUCCCUCAACAUGACUGACGUGGGACAACUCAUGAGGGAGGUUGUUCUCACGCCCUACUGGCAGAUGUACGGCGAACUCCUGCUGGACGAACUCAAAGGUGACAACGUAGAGACGUGCUACCAACAGUCCUGCAUCGUCCCAGAGUCCUGUGCAACUCAAGGGCAGGAUUGCAUUCCGGACUGUGUGUGUGAGAACGCGAAGGAAUACACGUGGGCCGUUAAUCUCAUGUUGUUUAUUUAUCUCAUUAUUGGGAACAUCAUGUUGCUCAACCUUCUCAUAGCUAUUUUCACCUACGUAUUCGACGAGGUCCAGGAGAACAGCAUGGAGAUCUGGAAGUUCGAGAUGUACCGCCUGAUCCGCGAGUACGACAGCAAGCCGGCGCUGGUCCCGCCCUUCGUCGUGCUCGAGUACGUGUGGAGGAUCCUGAAGGCCGUCUGGAAGGUCACGUGUCGCAGGAAGAAGGAAAACCUGGAGGACUACAUGAAGUACACUCUGACAUCUCUCAAAAUCUUCGAGAAGGAAUGCAUUCAGACGUUCCUGGCGAGAGUCACCGCCGCUGAGGAGGGCAAACUCGGCAACAGGGUCAAGAAAAUAAGCGAGAAGAUCGAUAAAGUGUCGAAGUACAUCGAGCAGAGGGAAGAAAUCGAAGACAUGGAAGACGACCUCGAGUGGAUGACGGAGGACGAGCAGCAGAGCUCGAGGGACGGCCCGGGGCCGCCCGACCCGGACCGCUCCCCGCUGCGCCGCCCGCCGCAGACAUCGAAGCCCUGGCAACUGCCGCCGCCGCCGCUGGCCAACGCAAAGCCGACGGAGAAAGCCACUUCCAAGAGAAAAGCCGCACAGCGCAAUCGAAAACGUUCGAAAGCCAAGGCGCCGGCGCCAGACCAGAUCAUGGAGGAGGAAGAGGAGGAGGAGGUGGAGGAAGAGCAAAGGAAGAUGGCGACGGGUGGACAUGAAAACGACUCCGAGGAGGAAGUUCUGGAUGAAGCGGAGAUGAGUCUCCGAGGGCCGCUGGACCUCAAUGCCGACGAAGAAGAGGAAGGGAUAUCUGCGAAGGAUAUUGAGAAGGAACUCGUGCAGCUGAAGAAACAGCAGGCAAGCGAAAGGCCCGGCAGGGAGUCCCGCCCACACACGAGCCACGUCAGACACGCGGGCGGCGCGAGGGUGGCGGAGCGACUGGACGAGCUGCAGGCCUCGCAAGCCAAGAUGUCUGAGAUCCUUCAGGAGAUCUUGAAGAAAAUCCGGAUUUCCGAGGCGAAGGAUCGAGCUAGGAGAGACGAGGAUAGGAGGAGGAGAAGAGGAGGAGAGAAGAAAGAGAGAGGAGAGAAGAAGAGAGACGAAGAAAGGAGGACGAGGAGGAACGUAUGUUUGUGAAGUCUCAGCUGGUGGACGAGGAAGAGGAGGAGCUGGAAGAAAUAAUACCAAUAUCGAAAUCAAAGAUAAGUAAGAGAAGACCCAGAAAAUGAAAUAGCAAUAGCAGGUUACACUUAGAACACAUGGAAACGAAGACGAUAACAGUCAUAACACUCACGAAGAGUUAUCAUCUAAAAUCUCUCUCUCUAUUUCUCUCUCUCUCUCUCUCCCUCCCUCUGUCUGUCUGUCUGUC